AUGUCGAGCGCUUGGUUAGCCUCGGCGCUUCUGGCAGUCAUCUACUUUUUGUCCUGCGUCGAGCUGCUAACUGCGGAGUCGGCCACCCCGGCGGGAACAUGUACGUACAACUUCGACGUGUGGAAACCCGGCGAGGACGUCCUCGACCGUAUCACCAAACUAGAAGGCGGCAUGGAACUAAUGAAUGCCACCAUGGGCCGGGACCUGGCCAGAUUACGUGUCCACGUAAUUUCCCAAAUCGAGCACCUCGACAACGUCACCUCGCACCUGGAGGGUCAUGUCAAUAAUCUGCAGGGUCACCACCGCGUGCGACACAGCCAGUCGAACAUUAAAUACAUCCCGAAGAAGUCCGAACUGGACAGCAUCUGGAAUAGCAUCGCCGCAUUGACCAGCAAGCUGGAAAAGAUUUCGAACCAGCUCAAAGGCAAAAGCGAGGACGGGUUGGACGACUUGCGAGCGAGGGUCGGCGAUUUGAGGGCCGAAUGGAUUGUAAUGAAAAGGGAAUUACAAGACUUGCGCGGUAAUGCUAGACAACGAGUUAAAAACAUGUCAACAAAAAACUCCAUCCAUCUAUCUAUCUAUCUAUCUAUCUAUCUAUCUAUCUAUCUAUCUAUCUAUCUAUUAAGGCAUAUUGCUAGCAAGGAGAAAGUGUAUGCAUAUACAAACAAGGAUAUCUAUCUAUCUAUCUAUCUAUCUAUCUAUCUAUCUAUCUAUCUCUUUUUAUUUCUUCCUUUCUUGAUAACUAUCUUUGAUCGCUAUCUAUCUAUCUAUCUAUUUUUCUUUUUUACUUUCUUGAUAACUAUCUAA